UUGAACACGUGAGAGUUUGCAGGAGGGGCUCUGAUAUAUGAACUGUGCUCAGGAACUCUGGGGCCACAGCACUCGCACACCACACCUUCACACACUGCCUGGAAUCCACACAUACAGGAUGUCCUGCAAUAAGGUGUUGUCCUUUCUGAAAAGCCUAUCGAGGCGGAAGCCACUGGAGCCUGAUGGUGAAGAGUCCAACUUUAAGCGUUGCUUAACCACACUCGACCUAGUGGCCCUCGGGGUGGGAAGUACACUCGGGGCUGGGGUCUAUGUCCUUUCCGGAGAGGUUGCCAGAACAGUGUCUGGCCCCAGCAUCAUCGUGUCAUUCUUCAUUGCGGCAGUGGCGUCUGUGUUUGCGGGGUUGUGCUAUGCAGAGUUUGGCGCCAGAGUGCCCAAGACAGGCUCUGCCUAUCUGUACAGCUACGUCACUGUCGGAGAGGUGUGGGCCUUCAUCACCGGCUGGAACUUACUGCUGUCAUACAUCAUAGGCACAUCCAGUGUGGCCAGAGCAUGGAGCGGCACAUUCGAUGACUUGAUUGGAAAUAAGAUCGCCAAUUAUUUGAGUGAAAAUACACCAAUGAAUUUACCCGGACUCGCUCCCUAUCCAGACUUCUUUGCCGCUGGCCUUAUAAUGCUUUUGGCAGGUAUCCUUGCAUUUGGGGUGAAGGAGUCUGCCAUUGUCAAUAAGAUCUUCACAGCUAUAAAUAUGGUAGUUCUGGUUUUUGUCAUCAUUGCUGGGUUCAUCAAGGGUGACCUUGAAAAUUGGCAGAUAACACAGGAGGACAUUUUGAACCACACAAUAACCGCAAAUCUCUCAGUUUCAAAUGAAACUUUAUCCAGUUUUGGAUCUGGAGGAUUCUUUCCCUUUGGUUUUGAGGGAACGUUUGCUGGAGCUGCUACCUGUUUCUAUGCCUUUGUGGGAUUUGACUGCAUCGCAACCACAGGUGAGGAGGUACGAAACCCUCAGAAGUCUAUCCCUAUAGGAAUUGUGGCUUCUCUUCUCAUCUGCUUCUUGGCUUAUUUUGGCGUUUCGGCUUCUCUCACCCUCAUGAUGCCCUACUACCAACUAAGUGUUCAGAGUCCCUUACCCGUAGCCUUCACCUAUGUGGGCUGGGAUCCUGCAAAGUAUGCUGUGGCUGUUGGAUCUUUGUGUGCUCUCUCAACAAGUCUGCUGGGAUCUAUGUUUCCUAUGCCUCGUGUGCUAUUUGCUAUGGCCAGAGAUGGGCUGCUGUUCAAACCACUGAGUAACAUGAGUUCCAGACAGAGCCCUGUCAUCGCCACACUUUCUUCUGGAGUAGUAGCAGCAAUAAUGGCGCUGGUGUUUGACCUGAAGGCUCUAGUAGACAUGAUGUCUAUUGGAACGCUCUUUGCCUACACCCUCGUUGCCAUCUGCAUCUUAAUUCUUAGGUACCAACCAGAGCCAGGCGAGAUCUGUGAGAAAUCACAAGUUCAGAAAUGGAAUCCUUUUCGCCCCCCUAAAUGUGCUUCUGCCACAAGUUCUAAAGCUGUGUCUCUGCUGACCAUACUUACCAUUGUGUUUGCGGUUAUCCUGAGUGUGAUCAUCACAAAAGGUGUACCAUCUGGUCUGAUUGAGGAGUGGUGGAUGAUUCUGAUUAUCACUUUGGUUUUGGUGGGUUUUGUCAUGGUUAUCAUCAUUAUUUGGCGACAGCCUCAGAAUGGGACCAAGGCUGCAUUUAUGGUCCCACUCCUGCCAAUACUUCCUAUUUUCAGUACAUUCAUCAAUGUUUACUUAAUGGUCCAGCUGGGAGGUGAAACAUGGAUUCGCUAUGCAGUGUGGAUGGCAGUGGGCUUGCUCAUCUACUUCUGUUAUGGAGUGCACUUCAGUGUACAGAAGAAACGAAAUCAGUCUUCCAAACACCCCAUCCAUGUUGAGACAAGUGAUGCUAAACUGGAGGACGAGCAAAGAAAAGGAUCCAUUACACCGAAGCUACAAACCAAGUUUUAAAGCCAACAUUAAUGUUUAGUGCUUUGCAACUGAGACACCUUUUUUGUAUUGAAAUUUGAAUGAGUAUGAGGAUGAAUUUGUAACACAAAUUAUAAAACAAAACAUUUUACACAGGUGAUGACUGAGACCAAGUACACUCUCUUUGUGAUAAAAGUCUGAACCUAUAUUAUAUUUUAGUAUUAGUAGUAUUUAGUAUUUAUAUUAGUAUUUAGUAUUAGUUUUAGUAUUUGUUCUUCCAGUUGAACUAUUGAACUUAAAGAGGUUGUGUAAGUGUAAACACAAUGAAAUACUGAAAAAGACUGUGGCUCUGCUGUGGGUGUGACCUGCUCUAUAUAGCAUAAAAACUUUUUCCAGGCC